UUUAAAGAGGAAGUCACUCUUUGAAAACUAAUCUUAGUUGUAUUUUAAAAGCACAAUAGAUCUAGAUCUUUUUGAUCAUAGCAUUUGUAGAAUUAUCAAUAGGCUUAGACUAGAAGUUGGUUCAAUAUAUGUAGAUCUAGACCUAAAUUACUGGUCUACUUAUACAGAAUUCUCUGACAAUGUUGCCAAAGCUAGGCCGGUCAUUACUCAACGAGAUAUAUUAUUUAAUCUUCGCGUGGUCUCUUUUAUUUCUUGUGAAGUUUGGUGAUACAGGUGAUAGUGGACUACAGAUCCGUCAUAAUGGUACCACAUUUUUAAUAACGAUUCCGAACUUGCCCUACCUACAGAGAGACUCAUUCAUAAGUCUGUGUAUGACAUCCACGGUAAAACCAGAACUUGAAAAUAAAGUAGAAGUAUCUUACGAUGGCAAACGGUUAGAUGUUGCGUAUAUCGGGACUCAUAGUCGUCUACAAACUGAAAAUAUAAAAUUAUAUGGGAUGGACAUCAAGGAAAACAGCCGUGUAUUGUCAUGGUGGGUUGAACCUUUUAUAAUCACAAGCAGAUACCCCAUAUUUUUAUCAGUCUUUGUGGUCAAUUAUGCUGAUCAAACCAGCACGGCUUCUUUUCAAGCUUUGCCUAUGGAGUCGUGGGGCAGAAGCUACGUCAUCGUUACACUAAACCAACAUCCUUCCCUUCACAUAAUGACUAUCAGAUAUCAGGAAGCCUGGGUAGAAUUGAAGUGCUCUGCCCCUUGCAGCUCUCACAACAACGGCUCAGUACAACUCUACAGUUUGAGGGCAGUUACAGUCAAUUUCUGUGCAGAUAGCUACACUGGCAAUCUUACUGGAACGAAAAUAACCGCACAAAAUCCAAUAGGAGUUAUCGCUGGAAAUUGCUGGAGUGGAAUAGAAAAAAAUUGCAACACUUUCGGAGUUAUCAAAGAUAUGACUUUAGAAAUGUUCCUGCCAACUGUAAGUUUUGGCACAGAGUUCAUAACCUUUAAGAUGUACAGCAUUAGCAUUGAACAUAUAGUAGAGAACCUGAUCUUUUCUGUGACGGACAACACUAGUGUCGCCAUAAUAUCAGGGAGAUCGUUUGUCAGCGUCACUAUACCAAUGGCUGGAGAUACGCAUUCUUUCUUCUUACAAGGAGAAGACGGUCCUCAAAUGAUAACAAGCAAUCACCCCAUACAAGUCAUGCAGAUUAUAAGACCUAACUGCUUUGACUCAGCUAGUAGAGGUGGAGUGGCGCUCUCUCUGUUGCUUCCAACAAAUAUGUACUUCAAUUUUUACUCUUGGAGCCUACCGAUUCGGGGAAUGUUGGCGACUAUGAUCAUUAUUAAACAGAUUAGUUUCAGAGUCCAAGUGUCAGAUGAAUAUGUAUCCAGUUUAAGUACUAUCUGGAAAACGGCAAAAGAACCUUGGCUAGUCGGUGAAUACAUGAUCCUCAGAGAAAUCCAAGCUUCAUCGGAUUCGAUGUUUGGUUGUUAUGUUUUCGGCAUUGCUAAUACGAUAACUUUCUUGCAUAUGGCUGGGUAUUCAUUGGAUGUUGAAUGCAACACCAGUCGACCAGAGCCUUCUGAUAACAUCGACAAUGAUUGUGAUGGGUUGAUUGAUGAAGAAAUUGCAGAUGGCUGGGACAGCGAUCAUGAUUUUUUAGUGGACGAAGACGUCAAUAAGAAAAUUAAUGGCGAGUGGAGCAAGUGGGAAGUCUGGCACUGUGUCAACGACACACAUCAGACAAGGGAACGCUACUGCAACUCUCCUGAACCUGAGCAUGGUGGCAACAUGUGUCAAGGAACGUCUAAAGAAAUUAUAUUUGUCAACACGUGUGGGGCAAUAACGACACUGAAACCUAAUUUUGGUGUUUGGAGUCAGUGGAGCGAGUGGGACUGUAGCAUACCUUGUAGUGACGGAACUCAGCUCAUUCAACGAUUAAGACAGUGUGUCACAGUGAACACAGCCUACGGACAACAUUGUGCAGGAAAGAAGGGGGACAUACGACCUUGCUCUUUAUGUAAAGAAAACUCUGGUGGUGUAUGUGCCUCCUUUCACUGGGGAGAAGCCUGUGAGAAAGAGUGCUACAAUUGCCAAGAUCCAUGCUCAAAGCAGGAAGGGAUUUGCUCAGGCUGCAAGGCUGGAUACAAAAAUUUCCACAACGCCUGCAAAGAAGCAUGUGGUUGGAAUGAGUAUGGUGAGAAUUGCAAGUUCAGCUGUAUGGAGAAGUGUGGGGCGGAUUGUGGAGAGCGAACGUUCGGAACCUGUUUAGCCUCUUUUAGUCCCUUGUAUAUUCUGAUGGUUAUAUUUCUAAUACUUCCUUUAUACACAAUGCUUCACGCCUUAACAAGGCACAAACAAUCAUUGAUAGUGGACGAACAGUCCGCUUACGCAAAGUUCUCUAGUACAACAUCUGGGACAACUUCGACUUUGACUGGUUUAAGCAAGCACAGCCCAAAAAAGCCCAGCUCAACCGAAAUUGACCCAAUUCAACCAAUCGAAACCGAAUCCAAUAAAGCCAAACCCACACAACGCAAAUCCAGCAAAACGGAACCCAACCAACGCAAAUCCAGCAAAACGGAACCAAACCAACCCGAACCCAACCAACGCAAAUCCAGCAAAACGGAACCCAACCAACGCAAAUCCAGCAAAACGGAACCAAACCAACCUGAACCCAACCAACGCAAAUCCAGCAAAACAGAACCAAACCAACCUGAACCCAACCAACGCAAAUCCAGCAAAACGGAACCAAACCAACCCGAACCCAACCAACGCAAAUCCAGCAAAACGGAACCCAAUCAACGCAAAUCCAGCAAAACGGAACCAAAUCAACCCGAACCCAACUAAACGGAACGCAACUAACUCAACCCCAACAAAAUUGAACCCAUUCAACAUUAGUUCAGAUCUCAAGCAAGGGCAAUCUUGUGAUAGCUGAAAGUGUAGUUACUAGGCACAAAAGGACUAUGGGCAAUAAACUGGAAGAUCUCCAUAGAAACCUUGUGAGAGAUUGCACGUUCAAUGGUGACACAAAUAUAACAGUAAUUACAGUUUUGUUGGGCUGCUGACGACUGAAGUCUUAGAGAAGAAAUAGUUGCACAGCGAGUCAUUUAGUAGAGAGAAAGAAAAGAAACAAUCACACCUUCAGCUAUGCCUUAGUCUGUUGGAUCAUUGGGGCACCACGCAAGAUUUUUUUACCAUGUUUCUCCAUUCCUGUCUUUAUCCUUGGAUGUAACUUUUUUCAAUAUCAGGCCCUUUCAUUCUUUAAUGUUGUCUUCCCAUCACUUUCUCUGUCUGCCUCUUCUCCUUUUUUCCCUGGUACUGUUCCCUGAAGAUCCUGCUUUUUUUUUUUUUUUUAAUUAUAGUUAGCAGGUCAUCAUGGGGUCCAAUCGCUGUAGUAACACUUGUCUCUAAUCUGUUCGUUUGUGAUGCGGUCUUUAAAGCAACACUAUAGAGAGGAAACACACAAAGUGCAAGAGAGAAAGACAGAGAGAGUGUAGAGAAAAAAAAAAGAGAAAAUUUUAAGAAAGUGGGAAAUGAAAACCUGAGAGAGACGGGGGAAUAAACAAAUAAUAAAUGGUGAUAAAUAUAAGGCUUAAGAAAUAGAGAGAUGAAAGUGG